AGUAGUAAUGCACAGCACUUGCUUCAGUAACUUUCUAACUGUCAAGCAAGAACAAGAACCUUGACCUGUCACCUCCUAAAUCAAUUUGUUUGUGUUGUGUGAGUUUCUAAAUAAAUACGGUGUAAACGAAGCAUCGGUGCAACAAAAUGAUAGUAAAAUAGCACCGUGUACGUAAAAACUGAUCGCUUGCGCGUAAUUAGUGCACAACAAUGGCAUUCCAUCCCGUAUACUCCGGAGACAUCCUGCAUUUAAAUGUCGGUGGAAAAAACUUUUCCACGUCGAGACAAACAUUGACAUGGAUUCCAGACACAUUUUUUACAUCACUACUCAGCGGUCGCAUAUCGAGUUUACGAGACGAAAAAGGCGCUAUAUUUAUCGACCGCGACCCUACAAUCUUCUCGUCUAUUUUAAAUUAUUUACGAACCAGAGAGAUAUCGCUGAAGAAUAUUGACCUGAGGACUUUGAAGCAUGAGGCUGAAUAUUAUGGCAUUGCACCAUUGGUGAAGAGGCUGAAUCUUUGCGAGGAGAUGACACAUUCUGGUUGUGGUGAUGUACUGUUUUGUGGUUCACUGCCACCACCAAUAAUUCCUGUGAAUGACUUGGCACCAACCACAUCAAUUGAAACAACAGCUGUGCAUAAACCUAAUAGAACUGCAAAUGAUACAGUUGUUGUUAAUGAGGCAGUCAAUGAAAACACAGCUGGUGUAAGUGGUUUGCAAUGUCCACCUAUUGCUGCACCAUUGGUUACACCACAAGUACUCAAUGGGAACUUUUUACAAACGCGUCCCACAGGCCACACACGAAAUCCUUCGCUGGAAUUGCGAGGGAUAUCGGGUAGUUGUAGUCGUAGCUCGCAGGAUCUGCGAGGUUUAGCAGCGAGGGGUCCACCUGGACCUGGUCAUUCUAGGGCUGCGUCUUUGGAUCUGCGACAUGCGCGUAAUUCGUCUGCAGAUCUUAAUAAAUUAUUUCGGAAUGAUUUGGGGCUUAUUUUUAGUACAACAAAUUCCGGUUGGGCUGAUCCUUUACGCGUGCAAAUCAUAAAAGCACAUCACAAUUGGUUUGUGGUUGCCUAUGCACAUUUUUCUGUAAUUUUUAGUCUGAAGGAUUCAAGUGGUUGGCAACUUGUUUUUACGAGUCCUUACAUAGAGCAUUGCAUUGAACGCAUCGCAAUUAAUGCAAAAAUGGGCAGUGGAAGUGCUGGUGAAGCAACCAAAAUGGUGGCGAUUUCAUACGGCAGUCAAGUUAGGUUAUGGGGAAUUUCAGAAGAUGGCGUUAGGACUAAUAUUGGUACUUUUAAUUUGCAAGUGCGCGUCGAGUAUUUAUUUUUCAUCGGUAGUCAACUGGUGGCUUUGUCUUCAUCUGGUAAACUCGGCGUUUGGCAUGCGAUGACUCAGCACUGGCAAACGCAAGAUGUCGUCCCCAUCGCUUCGUUUGAUACAGCAGGCUCUUUUUUACUUUUGGGUUGUAACAAUGGUUGUAUUUAUUAUAUUGAUAUGCAAAAGUUUCCACUACGUAUGAAGGACAACGAUCUUCUUGUCACCGAAUUAUACAAGGACCCGAACAACGAUCCAGUGACAGCAAUCUCCGUCUACCUAACACCAAAGACAACUUCGGAGAGGGGCCGCGAAGAUUUAUGCGGGAAUUGGAUCGAGAUUGCGUAUGGUACUAAAUCGGGAUCAGUGCGUGUCAUCGUACAACAUCCGGAGACGGUUGGACAUGGCCCACAAUUAUUCCAGACGUUUACAGUUCAUCAAAGUCCUGUCACAAAGGUUACAUUAUCUGAGAAAUAUUUAGUCUCAGUGUGUUGUGAAUACAACCAUGUGCGCAGUUGGCGUGUAACACGUUUCCGAGGGAUGAUUUCCACACAACCAGGAUCCACUCCAGAGGCUUCUUUUAAAAUUGUUUCGCUUGAAUCAGUUGAACCGUGUAUUAGUUAUUCGACCGCUAAUGACUGUGGUCCCUUUGGUGAACAGGACGAUGAGCAGGUUUUCGUACAGAAGGUUGUUCCAGACAAUGAUCAAUUAUAUGUCAGAUUGGCUAGUAAUGGAAAAAGGGUUUGUGUUAUAAAGGCAGUGGAUGGAAGCACUGUAAGCGCAUUCUUCGUGCAUGAAUGCGAAGGAUCCAGCCGGAUGGGCUCACGACCGCGAAGAUUCAUCUUCACUGGUCACUCGAACGGCUCAAUUCAAAUGUGGGAUCUAACCACGGCAUUAGAUCCAUCUUAUAAGACUGAUACAGAAAUGACGAAUGGAGGUCCAUCACCAGAGGAAUUAUUGCGUCUGGUGGACCAAUGUGAUCUGAGCAACAGCCUGUGUUCGACACCGUGCAUGUCGCCAUCGCCCUCACUCGCCGCCGCCGUGCGCCUCAAGUCGAGCAAUGUCGCAUUCCUCAACCAGUUGAACCAGGACAGCGACAAAUCGUCUAGUUCCAAUUGAUAUUCGAAUAUGUUGAUUGCUUUCUCUCGUUGACGUAUAAACAUUUCGGUGCUACUUUCUUGCCAAGCAUAUGUAGAGGCUCUCAUGUACUUGUUAUAAAUAAUUGCUCACUGGCUACAGUAAUUUGUAAAGGAUUUAGUUAUAAAAAGACACGUUCGUAUUAUA